CGGUCAAGCAGCUCCACUCAAGAUCGUUCGGGAUAUUUGUCCAACUUACUCAGUCGUGACUCCUGAAAUUUGUGGAUAUUACCCUGUACAUUGUAAGGAUCUAAGGCGGAUAUGAUGGUGGAACUUUGAUACAGCCGCCACAGACAAAGAAGAGGACAUGACUUAGCCGGCACACCCACAUUUGGAGAACACCCUCAUUAAUAUCAAGAAAACGCCAACAAAUACAGUACAUAAGAAUAAUGGGAGCGAAGACGUCCAGGCAAGGCGGCAAUUCCAACGGCCAGUCCAAAGCUUCCACUCACGGAAGGAAGCUCAAGGAUGGACCCCGCCUCCGAUCAACCUCUAUGCCGGAUAUGCCGAACGCGAUGGAAGAUGCGGUGAAUUUCUCACCCAACGGGAAGGACACCAGGGAGAAGUUGGCGAAGAGAACGUCACAUGAUCAUGUGCUUGUGACCCGUCAACGUACGCCCCCACCGGACUACCACAGGAAUCCGGAUGAAAUCAGGCGGGGUUACACCACCACCACAGACCAGAUGGUGAAGAUAUGGCCCUCCUAUCAAUAUCUCGGACAAUUCGACCUGAGCGACAUAGAUAUGGAAAUAGUCGAGAAGAUUACCCUGGUAUUCCGUCACCUCCUAGAUCAGCGUGAUCUGAUCCAAACCCUCUCUGCGGACAAUAAGCGCAUCAACGGCAUGCUCCGGGAGUACAAGGGAGACCAAGCAGGACAGAGACUGUCCUUGCCGCCCAUGGCCAAGACAAAGCUGGACAGGCGCGAUUCAGGGGACGCGCCUCCCAACAGGACUACGACUCUACCAGGUAAUCGCCAAUCUGACCUGAUGCGGAAGGACCCAACACUGGACCCCAAGUUGAAACUGAUGGCUGAAGUCCAGAAAAUGAGAGACCAGGCGCUGAUAUCGUCAUCGAAGCGCAAAUCACUCGAACCUCAGACGUCGUUUGAAGAGCAGGGACCAAGUAGCCCAUCGCGUCAAAGGCGUGAGGAGCAACGCCAAAUCGAGGAAUUGACAGCAAAAGUGAAAUCAUUGCAGGGAGAACUUGACAACGAAAAGAGAAAGAGGCUGUCAUCUGCACCUACAAGUUCCGAAAGAUCCCCACCUCAAGAGGCACCCAAGGAAGAGCCAAGGAACCAAAUCUGCCUCCGUAUCAAAAUGGAAUAUGCCAGGUUGGACAAAUUCAUGAUGAUGGAUGUGAAGGCCGAGUUGGACAGUGCUCACAAGGGCCUUGACGACAAGACAAAAUACCAGUUUAUGUGUGCAGCUAUGCAGGAUUGUAGAAGUACUUGUCAAGGUUACAGAGAGAGACUCGGGAAAUCGUUGAAGUCACUCCUCCUCCACCCCACAAAUGGAAAUACUGAGACACCAGAGACUGAGCCAACUGCAAAAAGGACCAGUGUGCUUCAGAAUAUAUCUAAGUUUGAAACAGCAGCACAAAUGAAGAAGAAAACCAACCCAGACCGGCAAUACAUCGAAGAGAAUAAAUUACCAAGUGGACUUCUCCGGGAUGUUAUGAAAUUUGUGGCAUCAAUCAGUGAACACAUCGACUUCAGUCCUAUUAUUCAGGACGUCACAGACCAUCUGAAAAAUACAUAUCCAACAAUUCUAACAGACUCGCUUUGUGCCAAUACAAAUAUGAAGAAAUACAUAACUGACUGUUGUAAGAUUGCAUGGAAUAUGUGUAUCAUUGAUCCCCCAAUGCGACUGGUAUCAACACCCAAGACAGAAUUCAAUGAGGAGUUUCAUCUACCAUUCAGGUCGAAGAGAAUGGCGCAUGCGAAAGUGGAUUACUUUUUGUGGCCGGUCUUGUUCGAUGAUCUCGAAAAGCCAAGUGUGGUUGUCGGGAAAGGGAGAGUGGCAUUGCUCAAGUCAUAAGCCCAACUUCAACUCUUGGGGAAAAAAGAUUCUGUUGCCAUGAUUGUUUUUCUCUGUAGAAUCAGUGCUGAGCAAGGUUCAACAGUUUUUCUCAACAGGAAAGAUACAAAAGCCCCAAAAAUAUGUCUGCAAUUCAUAACAAAGUAAUAACACCAGAAUUCAAAUAAUAUUCAAAACUGUAUUUUUCAACAAAUUUCAUAAAAAUAAUAUUCAUCACCUACAUCUAUUAUAACAGAGAAUAUAGCCUUCAAAAAGGCAACUAUGAUCUUGCAUAUGUGUACACACAUUAUCAAACCGAUCACCUCAAACAAGGAGGUGACACACUUGUGCCCAGUGUAUUUUAGCAUUGAUUUCCGAACAGAAAUAUUGAGGGGUUAAAAUGAACUCCUCAGUAUGAGGUAUGACAAUUGCUAUUGACAAUGGGGAUAGUAAAUAAAGAAAAUCUGUGUUUAGAUGUAUUAGAUGUAUUAGAUAACUUUUUUCUGAAAUGACAUCAUACCUUUUAUGUUACAUGUAUACAGCAGCUGUGAAAAUCAAUCAUGUUUUUGAGAACUAGACAAUAUACUAGCACCCAAGUUGUGAUAAUUACAAUAUUAUGACCCUAUAUAAUUACCCCCCCCCCCCCCACAGCAUC